CAGAGCCCUGGGGCUCCGGCCAUGAAGUCUCGGCAGAAAGGAAAGAAGAAGGGCAGUUCGAAGGAGCGAGUGUUUGGGUGUGAUUUGCAGGAGCACCUGCAGCACUCAAGCCAGGAGGUGCCCCAGGUGCUGAGGAGCUGUGCAGAGUUUGUGGAGGAGUAUGGAGUGGUAGAUGGCAUCUACCGUCUCUCGGGGGUCUCCUCCAACAUCCAGAAGCUCCGGCAGGAGUUUGAGACCGAGCGGAAGCCAGACCUGCGGCGGGAUGUUUACCUCCAGGAUAUUCACUGCGUCUCCUCCCUGUGCAAGGCCUAUUUCAGAGAGCUUCCAGAUCCCCUGCUCACCUAUCGGCUCUAUGACAAGUUUGCUGAGGCGGUGGCGGUGCAACUGGAGCCCGAGCGCUUGGUCAAGAUCCUAGAGGUGCUUCGAGAACUGCCCAUCCCAAACUACAGGACGCUGGAGUUCCUCAUGCGGCACUUGGUGCACAUGGCCUCGUUCAGCGCCCAGACCAACAUGCAUGCCCGCAACUUGGCCAUCGUAUGGGCCCCCAACCUGCUGAGGUCCAAAGACAUAGAGGCCUCAGGCUUCAACGGGACCGCAGCCUUCAUGGAGGUGCGUGUGCAGUCCAUCGUCGUGGAGUUCAUCCUCACCCACGUGGACCAGCUCUUUGGGGGUGCCUCCCUCUCUGGUGAUGAGAUGAACAGUGGAUGGAGAUCACUUCCAGGUGCCCGAGCGUCGAGUAGCUCUGAGGACCUCAUGCCCAGGUCCCUGCCCUACCACCUGCCUAGCAUCCUGCAGGCUGGGGAUGGACCCCCACAGAUGCGGCCCUACCACACUAUCAUUGAAAUUGCGGAGCACAAGAGGAAAGGGUCUUUGAAGGUCAGAAAGUGGAGGUCUAUCUUUAAUCUUGGUCGCUCGGGCCAUGAGACAAAGCGUAAAUUGCCACGGGGUGCUGAGGACAGGGAGGACAAGUCCAGUAAGGGGACCCUGCGGCCAGCCAAGAGCAUGGACUCUCUGAGUGCUGCGGCUGGGACCAGCGAUGAGCCAGAGGGGCUGGUGGGAUCCAGCAGUUCCCAGCCGAGCUCAUUGCUACCUGAAAACCUGGAGAAUGAUUCCAUGGAGAUAGCAGAGGGUGACCAUGAGACAGAAGCAGAGGCACCGGGUGGCACCAACUCCGAGCCAGGCACACCGCGAGCUGGGCGGUCGGCCAUUCGGGCUGUGGGCGGCAGCCGUGCCGAACGCUGUGCUGGUGUUCACAUCUCAGACCCCUACAAUGUCAACCUCCCGCUGCACAUCACCUCUAUUCUCAGUGUGCCCCCCAACAUCAUCUCCAACGUCUCCUUGACCAGGCUCACCCGUGGCCUUGAGUGUCCGGCCCUACAACCUCGGCCAAACCCUGCCUCUGGCCCAGGCCCUGGCCCUGGGCCCCCAGAUAAGAAGUUGGAGGCACGUCCGGUCCCAGGUCCCCUGGCUGACUCAGUCCCAGUGGACGAGGCUCCUGUCCUGGAGGACUCCCUGUCCCAGGAGGUGCAGGAUUCCUUCUCCUUCCUAGAGGACUCAAGCAGCUCAGAGCCCGAGUGGGUGGGGGUGGAAGAUGGGGAGGUGGCCAAGGCAGGAGCAGCAGGAGCGGCCUUCUCCCCUGGGGAGGACGACUCUGGGAUGGGCUACCUGGAGGAGCUCCUGGGAGUUGGGCCUCAGGUGGAAGAGUUCUCUGUGGAGCCACCGUUGGAUGACCUGUCUCUAGACGAAGCGCAGUAUGUCCUGGCUCCCAGCUGCUGUUCCUUGGACUCUGUGGGCCCCGGGCCUGAAGUAGAGGAAGAAAAUGGGGAGGAAGUUUUCUUGAGUGCCUAUGAUGAUCUAAGUCCCCUGCUGGGGCCUAAUCCCCGCUCCUGGGAGAGCACAGAGAACCUGCAGGAUGAGACGGCAGGGUGUGGAAGACAGACUCCAGGACCGACCAAGGAAGAGCAGGCACGUUUGGAAGUUGAGGAAGACAAGGGAGCUGAGCCUGGAAGGAAAUGGGACAUCAGGACACAGGCUGCAGGGGGCCCAGGGGCUGGGACAGAGGUUGGAAAGGCUGGUGAGGAAGGAAAGGAGGCUGCAGGGAGCCUAGAAGGGAUGGUCAGGUUGGAGGAAGGGAGUGGGGAAGAGGCAGAGGCCAAAGGACAUCAGGAGGCUGAAGGCGUGGAGGAGACUAAGAUUACGGAGGAGCCAGGAGGAGAACAGGAUACAGACAAGGAGCAGGACAAAGAGGCUGAGAGAGAAGAGGCUGAGGGAGGAGAGGCGGCUCAGGUAGACGCUGGAAGGUAUCCAGAGAGCGGGGCCCGGGAACACCUGGCUGCUGAGAACUGGGAAGUUGUACACAAACAAGAGGUUGAUGGAGGCACAGAGGAUGAGGUCAAAGGACAGAAGGGGAAUGGAAGCCAUGAGACAAGAGAAGACCAAGGAGAUGGCGAAGAUGGCAGAAAUUCAGCAGCGGCAGCCAAAGGAGGAGACAGGGAGGUUAGCAAGGAACGGGAGAGUGGGGAUGGAGUGGCUGAGGGAGCUCAGAGCGCUGGAGGGGACUGUGUAGAAGAGGGGCCCCUCUCUGGGGGGUCAGGCAUGAAGUUCUUGAGAGAUGAUACUGCCAAAGAGGGCAAUGCUCAGUCUUCUGACGUGGAACAGGUAGCCCCCCAGCCACCCCAGCCAGAGGAGCUGGAGCCUGAUGGUCAGCCCAGUUCUGAGGGUGAUGCUCUGUGUGCCUGCUCCCUUGGCUCAGCGGGCGGUGUGGGCAUGCGCCUGGCUUCCACCCUGCUUCAGGUCCAACAGGUCCACUCUGUGCCUGUGGUACCCCCCAAGCCACAGUUUGCCAAGAUGCCCAGUGCAAUGUGCAGCAAGAUCCAUGUAGCCCCUGCAAACCCAUGCCCAAGGCCUGGCCGCCUUGAUGGGACUCCUGGGGAAAGGGCUUGGGGGUCCCGAGCGUCCCGAUCCUCUUGGAGGAAUGGGGGCAGUCUUUCCUUCGAUGCUGCUGUGGCCAUGGCCCGGGACCGCCAGAGGACUGAGGCUCAGGCAGUCCGGCGGACCCAGACCUGUACUGGGGGUGGGGACUACAGCCUCAUUCCCAGAACCUCCCUCUGUAGCACGAUCCCUGCCCAUUCUUCUCGGCCCCUUAGCUGCUUGGAGCACCCACCUGAAGGCACAGAAGGGCCUGGAUCCCGGAGUCGGCUUAGUCUGCCCCUCAAAGAUCCCCAGCCCCCUGAUCUCCUUAUGUGCCCCCAGCGUCGGUCAUAUGCAUUUGAAACACAGGCUAACCAUGAGAAAGGUGAGAGACUGUGAUUAGGACCAGAACAUUGGGCCAAAGGGACCAGGAAAUUGUCUGGAAUCUUUGGGGUCCCUGGCUAGCUGUCUCUUCUGUAGCCUGAGCAGCUGUAGUGCCCCACUCUACAGAACUUUGGUCCUCCAGCUUCUGUUUCUGACAGUGGGAGGCACUUUCUCAGCUGGAAUACCUGAGCUCGUCUCAGACUUUGAGCACUUACUUUUCUCUCAGGAGAUUUCCCAAAAAAGUCACCAAGAUCCUGUUCCCAGGGAGUGGGGUCAUUGGCCAAGGGGAACACAACGGUAAGCAGAAAAUUUAAGAAGUUCUUCAAAGUGAAGAAUGGAGGGGGAAUUCCAGACAAGUUCCUGCUCUCCUCGGAGGCUUCUUUAUAGAAGCCCAAGACAGAGGUGAGGACUGGGUCAUGUCAAAGCUUCUCUCUCUCUUACACACACACACACACACACACAAAGUUGUCCAUCCCUACAUCCUUGGAUACUUCCUGACCUUCUUAGCUCCAGAUUAACAGCAUGUCCAGGAAUUUCUUUGAAGUCCUCAGUGUUUGAAAGAUGGCCUGGACCCCUCCCUUCCCCUCCAUCUGCCUCUCCGUAUAUUACAGGAGAAAGGUCUUGUGCACAUCUCUCUG